CUAACUUCUUCAAUUUGAAAAUGAGCAAAAAUUGAGUUUAUUGUAAUAUGAAAACUGAAUGCUGUGACAUCUAGAGCUCGGUAUAGUCAACCAAAAUUAAAAAAUUUACGUCUAAGACACUAGAAGUGCAAAGUGGGCAUUUGUAAUCAAUACACAAUAACUCAAUCAGUAAAGGUCAAUAGAAUUACACAGGUUACGUAUGAAUCACAUGACUUAAGUCGGGGUAGAAAAAAGCAUGGACGACAAAAAAUUAGUCUGAAAAACUCAAUAAAAAUUAUUUUGUACUUCAGUGAGCAACACAGACAGAAAAAUAAUUGGUCACGAUCACUAAAAAUUAUGAUAGUUUAGCCAAAUAUGGAUAUGUGAAAUUUACAAAGCCGAUAGGCUUUAACUAUUGAGAACGCAUUGGUUUUCAAAUAAUAGUCACAUAUCUGACCAUAUAAGGUAAUGAUUUGAUUUAUAUAACAGUAAGACUAUCUGUAUCAAUAUACGUUCUCACUCUCUCACUCAAUCAAUUACUCUACAAAAAUGGAAGAUGAGAACGUUGUUGCUCUUGUCAUCGACAAUGGAUCUGGUAUGUGUAAAGCUGGCUUCGCCGGAGAUGACGCUCCCAGAGCCGUAUUCCCCUCUAUUGUUGGAAGACCUAGACAUCAAGGAGUGAUGUUCGGAAUGGAUCAGAAAGACAGUUAUGUGGGAGACGAGGCUCAAUCGAAACGUGGUAUCCUGACUCUGAAGUACCCAAUUGAGCAUGGUAUUGUGACUAACUGGGAUGAUAUGGAGAAGAUAUGGUACCAUACAUUCUACAACGAGUUGCGAGUUGCUCCAGAGGAACACCCAGUGUUGUUGACAGAAGCUCCACUAAACCCGAAAGCCAAUCGUGAGAAGAUGACACAGAUCAUGUUUGAGACGUUUAAUGUGCCAGCUAUGUAUGUUGCCAUUCAGGCGGUGUUGUCACUGUAUGCAUCUGGUCGUACAACUGGUAUAGUGUUGGACUCAGGUGAUGGCGUGACCCACACAGUUCCGAUCUAUGAAGGUUAUGCAUUGCCUCAUGCGAUUUCGCGUCUGGAUCUUGCUGGUAGAGAUCUUACCGACUAUAUGAUGAAGAUCUUGACUGAGAGAGGUUACAGUUUUACUACUACUGCAGAACGUGAAAUUGUGCGAGAUAUAAAGGAGAAGCUUUGUUACGUUGCUUUGGAUUUCGAGCAGGAGAUGUGUUCUGCAGCUUCGAGUUCUGCAUUGGAGAAGAGUUACGAACUUCCAGAUGGUCAAGUUAUCACGAUUGGUAAUGAGCGAUUCAGAUGUCCAGAAGCUCUUUUCCAACCUAGCUUUUUGGGCAUGGAAGCAUCAGGAAUUCAUGAGACUACAUACAAUUCGAUUAUGAAGUGUGAUGUGGAUAUCCGUAAAGAUCUGUAUUCGAACACCGUGUUGUCUGGUGGAAGUACAAUGUAUCCUGGUAUUGCUGACCGUAUGCAAAAGGAGAUUAGUGCUCUAGCCCCCAGUACAAUGAGGAUAAAGAUAGUUGCACCACCUGAACGGAAGUACUCAGUAUGGAUUGGUGGUUCUAUUUUGGCUUCGUUAUCAACAUUCCAACAGAUGUGGAUUUCUAAACAGGAGUAUGAUGAGUCUGGUGAAAGUAUUGUUCAUCGUAAAUGUUUCUAAUCUGACUUCAUUACUUUGUACAAAUGGUAUAAAUAAUAUCACGGAAUAAAGAUUUUCUAUAGCUC